CAUGGCGUUUGUUUCUUUUUGCUAAACGUUAACUUCAUACGAAUGCACUCACAUCUACGAGUUUAAACACAUAUUUAUUCAAACGGUGGAGGCUGUGUUGUGUGUCGUAUGCGUCCAGUAUGAGCGGGGGUUUGGCACCGAGCAAAAGCACGGUGUACGUGUCGAACCUGCCAUUCUCUCUUACCAACAAUGACCUGCACAAGCUAUUCACCAAAUAUGGAAAAGUUGUAAAGGUUACAAUUGUUAAGGAUAAAGAUACUCGCCAGAGUAAAGGGGUAGCGUUUGUUCUCUUCCUGGACAGAGAAUCUGCUUAUAACUGUGCAAGAGCAGUGAACAAUAAAGAGUUGUUUGGCAGAACAGUGAAAGCGAGCAUUGCCGUCGAUAAUGGCCGAGCAACUGAGUUUAUAAAAAGACGGAACUACACAGACAAGACCAAAUGUUACGAAUGUGGGGAUACAGGUCAUCUCAGCUAUGCAUGCCCCAAAAACAUUCUGGGAGAGAGGGACCCUCCGAAGAAGAAAGAAAAGAAAAAAAAGAAAAAGGCUGAACAACCUGAACAUGUUGAAGAAGAAGAAAAAAGUGAAGAAGAGGGAGAGGACCCAACCUUAGAUAGUCUAAGUCAAGCCAUAGCUUUUCAGCAAGCCCGCAUCGAGGACGAGGACACGCAGAGGAAGAAAACACGUAUGCCUCAAGAGGAAGGUGCUCACGCUUCAACGUCCUCAGACUCUAAGAAACCAAGAAUUAAAAAGAGUGCAUACUUCAGUGACGAAGAGGAGUUUAGUGACUAAACAUAAUAAUAACACACAGUUUGGACAUAAGUUGGUUUUCAAAUAUGUUUUUUAAAAUUACAUUGUGUUAUAGUUGGGAUGCUUUCAAUUAUACUGAUACACUAUGAUGUUUUAUUUCUUCUUGUACAUAAUACUAAUACUUUUUUCUGUUUCUAGAAAUACUAUAAUUGUUCUUGGGAACAUUUAAUGUGUUAGGUCCUUUUUUUUGUCAGUCAAUAAAACCUUGUUUCUUACUGAAAAAAUAAAACAA